AUGUCUGGUGGAGACGUCUCAUCAAAAACAAGCUCUGAAAUAGUCCAUACAACUUUUCGCGACGUUGCCGGAAUCGACAGUGUUCUGCUAGAAGUCGCGGAAGUUGUUUCUUUUUUACGUGAGCCAGCACUCUACAAGAGUGUUGGGGCACAGGCGCCCCGCGGAAUCCUUCUUUAUGGACCACCGGGCUCUGGAAAAACAUUGCUGGCCCGUGCUACAGCGGGAGAGGCUUGCGUCGACUCUUUUAUUGCUUGUUCGGCUUCUGAUUUCGUCGAAAUGUACGUAGGUCGCGGUGCGGCUCGGGUCCGAUCGAUUUUUGACAAGGCUCGGACAGAAGCUCGGCGUAAACACGGCAUUGGGGCAUGGUGGAACGUGUUAUUACACCCCUCGAAGAAGGACCGUAAACCUUGCGCAAUUCUUUUCAUUGACGAGUUAGAUGCACUCGCAAAAACUCGCUCAACAUUGUCAUCGAACGACGAGCGAGAACAGACCCUGAAUCAACUGUUGACCGAAAUGGACGGAUUCACACUGAAUUCUGACGUAACGUUGGUUGUUAUGGCUGCUACAAAUCGGGCGGACAUCUUGGAUCCGGCGGUUCUCCGUAGAUUUGAUCGUCAAAUCGAGGUGGGCUACCCCGAUGCUGUAGGCCGAAAAUCUAUUCUGAUGGUCCACCAGCACGCUAUAAAAACUAGCAACUCCAUUGACUGGGAAAGACUGGCGUCAGAUGCCAUGACUGUAAAUUUUUCGGGGGCUGAUCUUAGGAAUGUUGUAAACGAGGCUGCCCUAUUGGCUGUCCGAGAAAAUUGCUUGGCUGUUCAGCAAAACCAUUUGGAGCAUGCCGUACGUCGGAUU